CGUAGAGCUUCUGCAAGCGAAAGUUGAUGACUUGAUGGAUCAAAUUUCCUUCCCGCUACACGAAAAAGGAACCUAAAGCCGAAAAAAAUUAAAAUUUCAUUAAUUUUAAGUUAAAUUUAAAAAAAAAAUCCCUAAAAAUGACAUCCCGUGAAUCGAAUCGUUUGCGCGACGCCGACAAAAAACGCGUUUUAGAUGAAGCGACGCGUAAACGUCGUGCGAGAAAAGCUCUCGAAGCCUUGGAGCAAGAUAAUUUCCAUGAUGAUCCUCAUGCGGAUCUCGUAAUGUCGAAAAAAGUCCCGAAAUUUCAAGAUACCACGGAUGGCAGCAGCGCAAGUACGUCUCGCACACGCAAAGCAAAGAAGGUAAAAGGUCCGGAUUACUACAAAAAUAAGUAUCGCAAGAAUUUCGUGCAGCUCCUCGAGGAAGACAAAGCGGCAAGACCUGAAGAUGAGUGUUAUUGGAGUGCUCAAGCGCCUGAGUCGAAGUUUCCGAGUCGUCAUUUUUGUGCCGUUUGUGGAUUUCCGAGUCCGUAUACUUGUUGCUCGUGCGGCAUGCGAUAUUGCAGCGUUCGGUGUCUCAAAACGCAUCAAGACACGCGUUGUCUCAAAUGGACAGCAUAAACUUACCGAUUUUUAAGGAUGAUUUUGGAUAAUUUUUAAGAUUUCUUUUAGUAAAUAAACUGUUUUUCUGCUGAA